ACUUACUACUACAAGUAUGACUACUCCCACCAUUGCUGUUGUGACCCAAGCAUCAACAACACUUACCCAGCAGCCAACUGUGGUGACAGUAUCUUCCGCUCAGGCCGCUCAGACCAUAGCAUUACAACAGAAACUACUUGCACUGCAACAGCAACAGAAACAGAUUCAGGCACAGCAACUGAAACAACAGCAGCUGCAGCAACUACAGCAGCUAGCAUCUAUACAGGGUAAAGACAAACAGUUGCAGUCACAGUUCCAACAACAGAUGUUGCAGAAACAAGCUCAGAUUAAGCAGGCUGCUGCAAUUGAAAGCAUGCGAGUCAAACAAAAAGCAAUGACUCCAGAAGAAAAAGCUGAACAACAACGAAUGGCAAUCUGCAAUCAAGUGAUGAAGAGCCUACUGGAUAAGAUUGAUAAAGAAGAGCGACAGAAUCUGAAAAGAAAGAAACAGCAGGAAAAUAAAGAGGAAAAACGUAGCCGCCUUACUGCCAAUAAACUGAGUGGAAUGCUGUUCAAACAAAAAGAACUGUUGAAAAAAGAGAUCAUGAGGAAAAGAGAAUCACUGGAAAAGAACUUGACAUUUGAAGUUCAGGAGGAAAUCAAACAAGAACAAAAAGCAAAGAAAAGAAAGAAGACUGACACUUCAAGUCGUUUUACUGCUGUUGCUGCCGCUCCUCCUCCAGCUGUUAUUGUUGCUGCUCCUGCUGCUGCAAUUGUCACUUCUGUUGCAGCUACUCCUAGUAUUGUGAAAACUACUGUUGUUACUGAAGAGUUUACUUCACCAAAACCAAAGAAGAGGAAGAAUGAUGAAAAGCUCUACUGUGUUUGUAAGACUCCAUAUGAUGCUACUCAGUAA